AUGUACGUCCCAUCAGACGAGAAACCGAUCAUCAAAGAGGAGAAGAAGACUCACUGGUUGAGUAUCUACAUUGCGGCCCUGCUUUCGUUCGUGGGGUCCGUCCAGUUUGCCUUGUAUUUCAGUGCGUUAUGGCCUUAUAUGCAGAUUGUAAGUGGAUUUUAAUUUCAUUUUUUUUUAUUUUCAAAAAAUGAAAAAAUAAAAAAAAAUAUUUUUUUAAAUUUUUUUUGUCCUAAUUUGUAAAAAAUAUACUUUUUUUAUCAUGUAUGUAACAAAAACAGUUUUUUAUAAAAAAAGGUUUCAAGAUAAGGCCUAAAAGUAAUUUUUCUCUGACCACCCUCUUAAUUUUUCACACUCUCUCGUCUGAAAAAUCAUUUUUAAACUUAAAAUAUCUCAGCUGAUUUUUCAAAAUCUGCACUAAAAUUCUUACAAAUUGAUACGUGGCCUACAUUACACAUGGCCAAAGAAAAAAACCCCGAUGAUUGAGAAUCUAGCGAUUCAUUCUUUUAAUUCCUCACAAAACACCUUCAAAAAUUUGUCAUAUUUGCCAAACCCCUUUGCAAUUUGAUUAUCCUCAAAUUUCAGCUCGAUCCGGACAUGGACGAGUCCUUCUACGGCUACACGGUAGCCCUCUACAGUGUGGGUCAGAUCAUUAUAUCACCCUUCUUCGGCUGGUGGAGUAAUAAGAUCAAGGCGGUCAGUCCGCCGCUCUGCUUUGGGCUGUUUUUAAUGCUGACCGGAAACAUCUUUUAUAUCAUCAUGGAGGUAGUCGAUUUCCCAAAACGUUUCAUGUUAUUGCUGGUGCGAUUUGUCACUGGUAUGGGCUCGGGGAAUGUGGCGAUUUUGAGGAGUUACGCCUCGACGGCCUCAACUUCAGAGGAUCGAACGAAAGCCAUCGCGUGGGUGACAUGCGGACAGGCGUUGGGAUUGACUAGUGGGCCUUGUAAGUGUUAUUUUACAGAGUUUUAAAAAUUUUUUUUAUAAGAAACAGCCAAAAUAAGAAUUCCGCAAAAUUGCGAUUUUGAUGAAGAAAAAUCCAAAAAAUCCGUCAUUGUGACGCUAUAAAUUUUUUAAACUUUAUCAAUGACUUUAAAUGCCCUAUGGCACUCACUAAAAAAAAUUCCAUGAGUUUUCUAGUACUAAGAAAAAAUCAAUAAUUUUUGUAGACGAAAUGUCACUUUUCAAAAUUUUGCCCUGCAAGUCUGAUUUUUACUUUUUUCAGUAUUCCAACUGGUCUUCACUGCCCUCGAACAUCCUGGAAUCCGCUUCUUCAACAUGUUCAGCUUCUCCCUAUACACCGCUCCGGCCUACGUUGCGUGCAUGAUCAACAUCACGGGUCUGAUUUUGGUCAAAUUUUUCUUCCAAGAAGAAUACGCUGGUGUUGAAGAGGAUGGUUCCACUUCAGAUGUGGAGCAAGCCCCAGCGAAGAAACCGUUCGUUCCUCCGUACGACGUUAUCGCCGUUUGGAUCUGCUAUGCGACUCGUUUCACGGACAUGUUUGUUCGGACCAACUUGGAGACGCUGGGAUCGCCAUUUGCCAUGAUGAUGUUCAACCUGAAGGAGGAGUUGGCUGUGCGCUACAUGAGUAUUGCUCAGGGAAUUGUUGGAGUUAUGACAAUGGCAACAUAUGCGGCAUACAUCUUCUUGAAGUUGGAGAGAUGGGUUCCCUUGAGAUCGGGGACCAUCAUUGCGUUGGCCGGAAUGGCGCUGUUCCAUAUUCUCACAUUCUCUUGGCCUUUCCUACCCUCAAUUCACACUAUUACCAACGGAACGGACAAGGCCGUUGGCUGCAACACCGAGCGGUUCUCUUGGUGCGAGCAAUUGGACCAGGUCAACGUCUGGGUCUUCUUCCUCUCCUACACCAUUGUGAUCGGCCUGACUUUCCCGUUGAUGCAGAUCACUCUUAACACUUUGUUCUCCAAGAUCCUCGGCCCUCGACGUCAAGGCUCCGAACAAGGCUGGCUUCAAGUCUCCAGCGCCGUUGGCCGCAUGAUUGGGCCAAUCGGCGCCUCCAAACUCUACCAAUCCAAUGGCCCACGGCCGGUGUGGAUGAUGGAGGUGGCUGUGAUCGGCGUUGUGUUCGCUUCUUGGAUGGUAUUUUACAGAAGAAUGGUGCCGUUGAAGGUGGCUCCGACGCCUUCACCAAAAUGUUCAAUUUCGACGAUUUCAAGUUCGGCCAACUCGCCGAGCUCGUCGACAGUCUCCACACCCGAACGGAUACGAAAGAUUUAAGGUAG